AUGAUUGAUCGAGGCAUUCGUCAGGAAUUCGAUAAGAUCGAAGAAAAUUUAACCACUGAAUGGGUCAAUCAACUGCAACAGGGAAGUCGUAUUCCGCCGUGUGACCGACCCUCAUUUGACGAGCGAAGACGGGAAGCCGUAAGAAACAUGAACGCUGCAAUCUCGGAAGAAUUGCAAAGAGAUCACAGCGAAUGUGGCCCAACGGUGUCCAAUCUGAAUCGGGUUUCCAAACGGGAGAAUCAAGCAUCGUAUAGUGAUGUGGAAACAGAGCUUUUCGACAUGGUCGAGGACGAUCUUUUCUCCGUUCGUGAGAGUGUGAAUAGCUGGGUGACCGGGGGAGAAUCCUCUUUCACUGCGGUCACGGAUGCAUUAGUGAUUCUCUAUGUGAGAGCUUGUCGUCGACGAAAAGAACGCGUCAGAAAGCCAAUCAAGAACCGUCUCGCACAUAUGUGUACGGACACCAAUUACAAUCUUCGCGAGUUGGAUAUGAACGCGCAACAAUUCGGACCACUUUCAGACGUGAUCAGGAAAUCGUAUCGAUUGAGUGAACUGGAUGUGAGUUUCAAUGACAUUCGGACCGAGGGAUUGCAGCUGCUCAAACCACUAAUGUUAGAAUCCAUCUUUCUUAAAUCGUUGGACAUUUCCUGUAUUGGAAUGAAUUUCCAAGGUGCAUCACUACUCAAGAAUCUCUUGACUGAGAACACUCCUCUGGAGACACUUAUUGUCACGGGUAAGCUUCAGAUGAAUAAAAACCACAUCUUACGAUUUAUAGAAUAUUCAGGCUUGAUUACUUUAAAAAAAUAG